AUGGUUUUCCACCGUGUCGUUCAAGUUGGGCGCGUCGUCUUUAUCUCGGAAGGCAAAGACGAAGGCAAGCUCGCCACUAUUGUCAACGUUAUCGAUGGAAACAGAGUUAGUUGGCUUAUUAGAAUUUUUAAACGGUGGAGUUUUUAGCGUUACAUUUUUUAACCUAAUCAUCAUAGUGAGAAAAAAAAACGAGUUUAGCUAUAUUAUAUAAACGAAAAAGACAAAAAAUGAGAAGAUUCACCCGCCUGAAGCUUCACGCACGCGCUACCAGUGUCAAAGGUUUUUUUUUUGUAGUCCUCAGAGACAAAUAACUUUUCUAAGUCACUAUGAUGUUUUUUUUUACUUCUGAACGUAAUGAGAUCACAGAAUUUUGCUGCUCUCUGGCCUGACAGAAUGAUAAACAAAGUAAAAAAAAAAACAUUGAGAGGUCGCAGGUUUAAUUGCAUUGAGUGUUUUCGAGGUUCGUUUGUUCUCUUUUAACUUGGGUCAUGGUCGUCGGAAUUGCGUUCAAAAAGCUAUUGGAAAUUUAUGGCGGAAAUUGUUUAGAAAAGAAAAAAAAUGCGCUCAUCGGCGCACCAAAGUUGCUCCAAAAUUAACUAAUUCUUGUUUUGGAGCAAUUUUCAUUUUGUCUGAUAAACACGUCAUAAAAGUUCCAUUCGUUACUACUUUUUUUUUUCGAGUUAGUAAAAGGACUACUAAUUUUUUUUUUCUUUAACUUCAAUUUAAAACAAAAAGAUUUUAUAGGAUUUGAGCUCCUUUUCAGUUAACCGGUAUCAUCGAACUCACUUUAUUUUUUAAAUACUACAUGUCUUCAAGUAGCGGAGAAAUAUUUCAAUCUAUUUUUUUCUGUCAACUUUUCAAACUUAACAAACAUUUUCUAUAGGUCACUGUCUAUUUGCCCAACUCUGAUUUUUUUGUUAAUUAUUCUUUUUUUCCUAUAAUUUUCCUUUAAAGUAAAAAUACUGAAAAAAAUGAAUUUUGUUGAAUAGAUAUUGAAUGCAAGUACGUUUAAUAUAUUUAUGCUUGGAAUUUCAACUUAUGUUUUUUUCCAGCUCCUUGAAGAUUUUUUUGGGAAUUGAGGCCAUUUGAAGGAAAGAGCAAGAUUUUUUUUUUUCAGUAAAAAUUCCUAUAUUAAAAAAACUAUUUCCGUUUUGAACGUCUCCGUACAAUUAAAUUUUGUCGAACAAAUCAAUUAAUUUGGAGCCAGUUUGAUAAAGUAUGUUUUAGGAAAACAGUUGUACCAUAUUUCACUUUUGUGCAUACGGCCUUAGAUUUCACUCCAAAAUGGAAAAACCAGUGCUGAAGAAAAAAAAAACCGAGCCUAACGAAACUAUUUUCGAAUUACAGGGUGACAAAUAAAUAUUGAAACGCGUUUGAAACGUUAUAACUUUCUCAAAAGUCAACCAAACACCACCAAACUUGGAACAAAUUUUAUUCAUACAAUAUAGAAACAAAAUUCAAAAAUAGUUUUCAAAACGUCCUCCUUUAGCUUUGAUAACGGCCUUCAGUCUCUUCGGAUACGCAUCGAUCACGGCACGAAGGUAGUCGUCGUCGAUUUCGUCCGAUUUCUUGAUGAGCGCGGUCUUCAGAGCUUUGAUACUUGGGUAGUUCUUAGAAGAGACCUUCUCGGUCAGAUAUAUCCACACGGCAUAGUCCAUCGGGUUGAGGUCGGGCGAGGAAGCAGGCCAAUCAGCAGCCGAGAUGAACUCGGAAAAUUGGCGCGAUACCACUCUUGAGUCCCUUUGGCGCGAUGAGCGGGGGCGCCGUCUUGCUGGAAGGUCCGUGGUCGGUUUCCGUAGUGAGAAUUGGCUCAGGGCAACACCCUCAACUUCAAAAUCUACGCCCUGUAGUAUACUUGGUUCACUUUGACUCCAGGAUCCACAAAAAUCAGCGGAGUUUUGCCGUCAGCGGUAAUUCCGGCAAAAACCAUCACGGAAGCCGGAUACGAAGUUUUAUUCAGAUUUUUUCCUUUUUCACAGGCACUCUGAUAGUCAGUAGCGAUGAUCGGAUGGUUUCGGCCGUUCUUGUUCGUCUCCACAGUGAAGAUUUUCUCGUCGGUAAAUAGCGUCGUCAGAUGCGAGCCAUCUUUCGUGCCAGCGAGCAGCUUUCGAGCCUUUUCCAUCCGCAAUGUCUUGUUUUUUUUUGAUUCAGGAAGGCAUCUUUCUGCAUACGGUAGGGAAUCAUCUUCAGCUUGUCCUUGACAAUAGUUCUCAUCGAUCCUUGACUCAUUUCGUAUUCUUUUGACAUCUUUCUCAUGCUUCUUUCCGGAGUGCGUCUGAUUUUCUCUCGAUCGGCUUUGACUGCUUCUGUAGUCGUGACGGUGACUGGACGUCACUUUCUUUGCAUGUCAUCUGAAGUACCGAGACGCCGAUAGCGUUGUGCAGUUCGAAAAACGAGAACACGAGACGCUUUCAGCUUUUUAACGAUCUCUGAAUUUGUCAUUCCGCUUUUGACACAAUCAAUGACUGCGGUACGGUACGGAGAUGGGGCCACCAUUACCUGAAAACUGAAAAGUAUGAGCUGUAACUUCAAACACAUGAUAAGUGAGCAUGAAUGAACGAAAUAAAUAAAAAAAUUCAAAGGCCAGUCCUUUGUGCAAAAAGCAGCGAUCAAACAAAAAACGGUUUCAAUAUUUAUUUGUCACCCUGUAAUUCUGGCGAUUCCAACAUUGACAGGAGAGUUGGAAUUUCGAAAAAGGAAUAAAAUUGAGUCUUCAAUGAUAUACAACUUACGUGCAAAAACCUUAAAUUUGAAAUUAUUUAGGCAUUGUUCAACAAAAAUUUGAUUUCGCAUAUAAAAAUCACUAUAUCCCGAUAAAAUGUUUAAGAUCAAAUUGUCUAAGGGCUUCCGAAAUUCCAGUUUUGCAAAUAACGUCAAAUCAUUUUAUGCCGUGUUCAAAGCUGAUUUGGCGCGCGCAGCGAAAAUUUUUGCUGGUUCAAAAGCACGAGCCGAAACGCAGGUUCCCACGACGUGAUUGGUUGGCUCCGCCUUUUUGGCAAAUGUCCCAUAUAAAUUUAUUUUCAAAAUAUUUUUCUUGCCAGUUGGGCGGGACCAACAAAUCACGUCGUAAGAAUCUGCUGCUUUUCGCCGCGUUUCGGCUCGUGCUUUUGAACCAGAAAAACUUUUUCGCUGCGCGCGUCUAAUUAGCUUCUAACGCGGCAUUAAACAAAUACUGCGUUGUUUUAGAAAUCGCCGUAAAUUCUCUUUCCGUGUUCGAAGUAAUUGCAACGAUUUCAAAAAUUGACGCCUUAUUCAUUCAAAUGAUUUCGAGAAAUAGGCAGAACUGGUUUUCCGCGAGAGCGAAUAUAGUGUAAAUUUUGAAAUCGCCGAAGUUAUUUUGAACACGGCAUCUGAUCAAGGCAAAGGCUCUCGGUAUACCCAUUUUACUCAUAUAGAAAUUGUGGUGAACAUCCUGUAAAUCAACUUUAUCAUCAUGUUUCCAGGUUAUCGAUCAAUAAUAUGAAAACAAAAUUGUUCUCCUUGUUUACAUUAGUAAAAAUUAUUAAAAUAGUUGGAGCCGAAAUCUUGCAAAAUUUUCAAAAGUUCUCACGAGAAAUUUCAGGUACUCAUCGACGGACCCACUUCUGGCGUCGUCCGCGGAGUUCGCAAUUUGAAGGAACUUCAGCUGACCAAAUUCACCGUGAAAGUCCGUGUUGGUCAACGCACCAAGGGAGUUAAGGCCGCCGUCGAGGAAGCCAAAGUCGAUGAGCAGUUCAAGAAGUCCGCGUGGGCCAAGAAGAUCCAACAAAAGGCCUUGGUCAGUUUAAAAAAAUAAUUUUUUUAAUGAUAAUUUUUCAUACAAAUAAUAAUUCUUUUUUUCAGAAGAGCAGGAUGACUGACUUCGACCGGUACAAGCUGAUGCGAGCAAAGCAGAUGCGCAACCGUAUCAUCAGAGUUGAACUGGCCAAAUUGAAAAAGGCGCAGAAGUAA